CUUUGAUAAGACUGUAACAGUCAAUAAACACAAUACGUCUAGGCUGGAAUUAUACUAUCGGACACAACCAUGGGACCUGAACGAGACACCGCGGAUAAUGAACACCCAUAAAAACAAAGAAUGACUCAUAUAUUUAAUAUAAUGUUAUGACGUGAAGUAAAACAAAGAUAAAACAAGAAUAUUAGCCAUUUACAAUCCAGCCGUUUUGGCAAUUUUCGUGACUUUAAAUCAGGUCUCCAGGAUUUCGAUAACUUAUAACAGGUUACGCCACUUUAAUGCUAUACCAUUCCCUGGCUUUGUGUGCGAGUAUAUAUUGUAAUGAUUAGGCUGGUCUUUGUCAGGUGUUUAAACCAUAGCGAAAUGAGGCGACUAGUCUGUGCGGAUCCAAUCAAUAUACAAUACAUUAAGAUACAUAAUGUAGCUCACAAAGAACCAGAAAUUUCACGUUUAAACGCAUAAUGACAACUGAACUUGAUCUACCGGAAGUCAUUGAUGAGGAAUAAUGGCACGUGAGUUAGCAGACGACUCGAAUAAGAUGGCACAACCGACCAGUGAAGGUAUGUAAUGGCGGAAUACUGUAAACAUAGAAUAUCGACUGACUGUGAAAGGAAAACCAUUUAGUGAAUAUGGAAACACAAACUUGUGUCAAUUUCUCAAACAACGAGGCGGAACCAGAUAUGGCGAUACCUUAUGACUGGCAAGUGGGGAAAUCUUUGGCUGAGACUAACAGGCACAUGCUGAACAAUGAAGUUGGCUGUGACGUCGCCUUUCUGUUGGGAGAUGACCGCAGUGAGGUGUAUGCGCACAAGUAUGUUCUCAUCAGCCGCAGCUGCGUAUUUUGUGCAAUGUUACAUGGACCAAUGGCAGAGCGAACAUCCGAAUACAUCCACAUUCCUGACAUUAAGAGAGAAACGUUCAAACAAUUACUGGAGUACAUGUACUGUGAAGACACAAAGGUCGACACCAAGAACGCUCCAUACCUACUCUACGCCGCCCGGAAGUACGGUAUCGACGCGCUCGAGGAGAAGUGCGUGCGCAUCCUUGAGCACGGCAUCGCGGUGGAGAACGUUUGUGAGGUUAUUCGACAAGCCUACCAAUUUGAUGAACAUGAACUGAAGAAAAAAUGUCUGGAUUUUAUAUUUCAUCACCCGAAAGACAUUUUACGGUCAAAUAACUUCUCCGAUUUACCAGACCCAGUGGUGAGAGAGAUCAUCCAGGCAGACGAACUCGCUGUGAAAGAGGAAGUUGUCUUUGAUGCGUUAUUGCGGUGGUCGGAAAUGGAGUGUAUGCGACAAGAAUUACCUGUUUCAGGUAGGAAUCAACGGAGAAUUAUUGGCGGUAUGCUGAAAUACAUCCGGUUUCCGUUAAUGGGGGCUAAUUACCUCAAUAACAUCGUGUUGCGCUCAGACAUAUUGAACAACGAGGAGGUCAGGGACAUUGGGGAUUUCUUCUCGGGUAAAAGUGAGGGUGAGACAAAAUUCAAACGUGAUCAACGGUCUUUAGGUGACAACCAGGUCCUCCAUUGGCGGUUUGGGCCAGUUAGCUGUAUCCACAACGAGGAGACCGCCAUUUCGUUCUCAGCCUCUCGACAGGUGCUCGUACAAGGUGUGCAGGUGGACGGCAGUGUGUACUCUGACGAAAUCUACGACGUAGAUCUUUCUAUCUUUGACACCAGUAACAAAGAACUUGGAAAAGUGAAAACAAAACUCGAUAUCAAGAAAAACAAUUUAUACGACGUUUUGUUUCAUGCGGCGCCAAAAAUCGACAAAGGCUACAAAUAUACUGUGAUACUGAAGAUACAGGGUACCCAUGGUUACUACGGCACGAGCGGAAAGUCAAGUCUUCCCCUCCGGGACUCAAGUCCCACAGUAGUCAACCCAGACGGCGAGUUCACGCGUAUUAUCACAAACAAAAACCAAGUACCCGCCAUUUUGGUGAAGCCCUUCAUCCCAGCUUCCUGAUUCUUACCUGUCCCAUAACAUUUGAAAUGCCUCUCUUGUCCAUCUAAGAAAAUCUAAUUAAAAGAUAUCCAUGUUGUGACAGGGUAAUCAAUAGCUGGUUACACAAUGCACCGAGCCAGACUACGGGCACGUACCUGAUAGAAUGACUCGUCCGGUAGGGGGUCAUUAACAGGUGGACGUCUAACAGGACAGGAUGAUUGUCUGUGGGCUGCAGAAGGAAGCAAUGUGAAUGUUUUAACUCAAAAGCAGUCACGCGAUUUGUUCCCUAAUUUUUAUUUAUUUAACACGUAUCAUCGGUAUAUUGUAUUCGCCAUGACUGGCAUUCAGCGAUUCGAGAUGAAAAUAUCUUAAAACUAAUGAUACUCAUCGAGAUCAGAACUAAUCAUAGGACUUUAAAUUGUUAUCGAACAUUUCUGUAACUGACAUAUAGAGAACACAUUCUAGUUGUGUCAAUACCACGUAGAAUUGUACGAUGUCUUGGACUACUUACACAUUGCUAACACUAGUUAUAUAUUAAUGUCAGAAUGCGUUUUAUCUUGUGUCUACUACAUUCUCCUUUAACUGACUUCAAGUCGUUACCUGCUAACUGUCUAUUCAAUGUGUAGACGGUUUAGGUAAUAGUAUUAAGAGGUCGUUCGUGGGGUGAAGCUGAUGUGACCUUUUAUGGUCAUAAGUAAAUAAUACUAUUUUAUACAUUACCAACCACUGUAAUAUAUAAUACCAUAUAAGUGUGAUUACAAACCACUGUAAUAUACAGUACCAUAUAUACAAUACCAUAUAAGUGUGAUUACAAACCACUGUAAUAUACAAUACCAUAUAAGUGUGAUUACAAACCACUGUAAUAUACAAUACCAUAUAUACAAUACCAUAUAAGUGUGAUUACAAACCACUGUAAUAUACAAUACCAUAUAAGUGUGAUUACAAACCACUGUAAUAUACAAUACCAUAUAUACAAUACCAUAUAAGUGUGAUUACAAACCACUGUAAUAUACAAUACCAUAUAAGUGUGAUUACAAACCACUGUAAUAUACAAUACCAUAUAUACAAUACCAUAUAAGUGUGAUUACAAACCACUGUAAUAUACAAUACCAUAUAAACAAUACCAUAUAAGUGUGAUUACAAACCACUGUAAUAUACAAUACCAUAUAAGUGUGAUUACAAACCACUGUAAUAUACAAUACCAUAUAAGUGUGAUUACAAACCACUGUAAUAUACAAUACCAUAUAUACAAUACCAUAUAAGUGUGAUUACAAACCACUGUAAUAUACAAUACCAUAUAAGUGUGAUUACAAACCACUGUAAUAUACAAUACCAUAUAUACAAUACCAUAUAAGUGUGAUUACAAACCACUGUAAUAUACAAUACCAUAUAAGUGUGAUUACAAACCACUGUAAUAUACAAUACCAUAUAUACAAUACCAUAUAAGUGUGAUUACAAACCACUGUAAUAUACAAUACCAUAUAAGUGUGAUUACAAACCACUGUAAUAUACAAUACCAUAUAAGUGUGCAGAUCAGUUUCUUUGAAUGAUACAAUGUUCAGUUUCUGCUAUAUUUGAACAAGAUGAAAGAGACAGUGUUAGAAUAGCUACAAAUAAGCGUCAACUGUUUAUCGAAUGUAAGUAAUCCCUAACAGUAUUUUAGUUUCAUAAACAAUUGUAAUAACAUUUUGUCAUUAUAAAUCGUAAAAUUGACUUUAUUUAUUGUAAAACUGAAAUAUCAUUUUUUUUGGCACUUAGAUUGUGUACGAUGUCGUAUUGACUACCUCUUCUUUACAUAUAUAGAGAAUGUGGAUUGCUGAUAUGUCUACUGAUAUAUAUAGAUAAUGUGGAUUGGUGAUAUAUAUACUGUUAUAUAUAUAGGAUGUGGAUUGUGGAUAUAUCUACUGUUGUAUAUAUGGGGCAAAGAAGCAAUUCCAACAGUGUGGACAAGUUUAGGUUGUCAAAUUUUCGGAAAACACAGUGAAA